AUGAGUGUGCAGCCUUUCACACACCCACACGUCACUAUGAUGGAUUUUGACGCAGCAGGUCGCCAUGGUGCUGUCGAAAGUACCCCAUGUAACCUUUAAACAGUUUUUGCAGAGACAGAAGGUCCUUAGUUUGUAUAGAGACAUUUUACGAACAGUCAGAGAAGUGCAAAAUGAAUCAGAUCGUCAGUACCUGAAAUCUUGGGCUAGAGAGGAAUUUAGGAGGAAUAAAGAUGCAAAAGAAGAGGAUGUUAUUCGUAUGAUGAUCACUCAAGGCAACCUACAGCUACAGGAGCUAAAGAAAACACUUCAACUUGCAAAAUCUUAACAAGAAUGCAGUCUGGACACAUGAAUAUUUUCAGGGAAUGUUGUUGCAUUUUUCUUGUAAUGUUUGCAUCAUACUCAGGAACUGAGAAUGACAAAAUCUGUGUCAUCAAUUUUGUAAAUUUGUUUCAAAAUCAAGUUUUAUAGUGAUAAGACAGUUUGCCCUCAUUCAGUUAUUUGUUCAUACUCUGCAAAAUGUUUAUAUAUAAUGGCAGAUAUGUUUUAAAGGUGUAUUGAAUGUGUUUAGCUAUUCUGUGCCUAGAUUUUGAAACUUAAACCUUGGGCAUUGUUAUGCUAAGACUAAGCAUUGUACUUAGCUGUUUUUCCAAAAAUUUUGUGUAACAUUUGCUUGCAUGUUUUUAUCUGUUUUGUAAAGUGCUUUGUUAUAAAGCACUGAAAUUAAAGUUGAGUAAGCAGACAUUAAAGCUGACAGGUAAGGAUGA